CGAAAAGACUGGUGGGUAAUGCAAACCACGCGAGAUUUGGGUCAUAAUUUUUUGAGGUGCGAGAUUUGAGUUGAAAAUGGCGGAGGCGCGAACAAAUUCGGUCAGGGAGGCUAUGGACACUCUACAGGAGAUCUCCAGACUACUGAACACAGGUCUGGACUCGGAGACCCUGUCCAUCUGUGUACGUCUGAUUGAGCAGGGGGUGAACCCAGAAGCACUCGCCUCAGUCAUCAAGGAACUGAGAAGAGAACAGCUGCCCUCAUUGUCCUUCUAUUCCCGGAGCGGGAUCAGUGUGACGUGUGUUGCACGAAAAUUGUUUUGUCAGUCACGUUUCGAGCACUUUUUGUCUCAGCAGCAAGUUAACAAGAUGUUGGGCCUACUGCAAGCUGACUUAGGAGGUUCCAGCUGGUCCCUGCGGUCGGACGUGUCGGGCUCGGGCCGCCGGCUGGUGGAUGUACAGGUGGUGGGGGUGGAGAAGCGGUACUCCCCGCGUAGGCACCACGUGUAUAUCGUGUCGGAGCUGUGGUCUGACGGGUCCCGUCUGGUGGUCUACCGCUCCUACAGGCAGUUCCGUGCGCUACAUAAACAACUGAAAGAGAUGUUUCCCGUUGAGGCUGGCCAGUUCAGGGGAGAGGAUAAGGUGCUGCCCAAGUUCCCAAACAAGCCGCCCAGCCCAGUCCUCGGGAGGAAGUACUCUGUCGGGAGGUUCGCCUGUGUGCUGAAGGACCUACAGGCAUACUGCCAGGAUCUUCUGGGACUGGAUUCCAAGAUCGUGCUCUCUCCGCUGAUCCAAGGUUUCUUCGCACCUUCAGAUGACGACUUGAGUUCCUUCCAGAACAGUGAAAGACGCCAGAAGACCGUCAUGAUCAUCCCGACCGACGCCGCAGAGCCGGAGCAACCGCGGUCACCAUGUGAUCUGGAAAUUUCUGCUCCUCUGUUUGAUUUGGACUCCUACAGCGCAGUCGCAGACUAUAAGGCCGUGUCUAAAGGUGAACUGAGCCUGAAGGCUGGGGAAGUGUGUGACGUCAUCCAUACCACACCUUCAGGUUGGUGGCUUGUCGAGAACGCGUCGUGUGAACGGGGCUGGGUCCCGGCGUCUCACCUGGAGGCAGACGCACACGCUACUCCAGGCCAGGGCACAUCCCCUGCUGCAGGCCCGGAUAACCAGUCGUUAGGGAACCCAACUACACUUCCUGAGGCAGGAUCCACUAGUGACGGUGGACGGGAAGACCCUGCCCAGCUGUAUGUCACCGCCCGGCCCUACACGGCAACCGAGGACGACGAGCUCUCCUUCUGCGCAGGUGCAGCACUGCAGGUCCUACAGAGAACGGACGACGGCUGGUGGUUUGUAAGGUACAGCGGACAGGAGGGUUUUGUUCCUGCCAUGUUUCUCCGGCCCUACAACAACCCGCACGUCCACAUGGUGGCUGCUCAGGACAAGCUCUCUGUGGUGAAUCUGCUAGCCGCUGAGAAACAACACCAGAAGUCCAAGAACAGCAGGAAAGGCUCAUGCAGUGACGUCAGUAGGAUGAGCCUACUGGGGGAAGACCUGUCAGCUAGAAAUGGCCGUGCAGGCAGUGAUGUAAGCAGCAUAGGACUGACAGACGAAGGUUAUUCAGCUGUGAAGAACGGUAUGGGAACAGACUUCAGCAGGAAUAGCCACAACUUCGAUAAAGCGGACGUUCAAGCACAAGAACAGCUUCAGACAUCCAGCAAAUUUGACUUGCCCAAGAUUACAAUCAGUGUUGUUGACUCUGAUGCUGGUUCUGAUUGCUGUGGUCAGACCAGGUCAAACAAUGAUGCCACUUUCCGGGUAAACCGUGUGCUGAGCCAUACUGACAGUCCAACAGCAGCUGAGUCUGUCUAUCCUAGGCGCAGAGCCCAUUCUGAAACAAGGCAAGGCACACCACGCUCCCCAAGGAUCCCUCCUCGGCCCACACAACAAGAAAUUAUACAGAAGUGUUCCCCAAUGACCCGGCGGAGGUUACUGUCAACACUAAGCACGCCCACCAGUGAUGAUGACUGCACUUCUGUGGAAGAGGAGUCAAUGAGAAAUGUCUGGACUGGCCGAGAGAGAAAGGAUUCUGGCUUGGGCAUAGUUAAUCCUAGUUUUGAGCCCUGUGAGCAUGACACUGACAUUAUCUCUUUAGAAACAGGAAAUGGACACAAUUGCAGCCCAUUUGAUGUCCAACCAGUCUUUAGUGAUUACAAUUCCUCUAGUGAGCAGGAACGAGAAAUACCCCAGCAUAAAACAAGCACAAUCACUGUAUCUGGAAGCACUGGUGCAGAGAGUGUUGGGAAGUUUAUCAGAAAUAACAAAUUCUGGAUGACACUGAAAUUGAAAAGGUGAAAUGAAAAUUUUGGAGUAAACAGAUCACAUGGCUUCUAUGGUGUAGGGACUAAGCAAUAACAAUUCUAGACUGGCUUUCCUGAUGAUUCACCACCUGUGUUUUGAUUUCAGGACGUUUUAAAACCUAACCCUAAUCCUAACUCGAACAACAUAGAUUGAGCUGCAAACAUCUGACAGCGAAAUGUCCUCGUGGAAAAAUGUCCUGAUAGGCUGAUACCCUAGAUUGUACAGUGUACACUACAGCCAAAAGCAUACAUUUUUGGACCCCUUGCCCACAUUCAGACACAAUAUACCACAAGCUUUAUGCU